GAAGGCGGGAGGGCGCGCGCCGGGGCUGCUCGCUAGCUUGCUCACUUGCUCCCUCCCUCCCUCCUCCGGUGGGUUUAGUCCGUCCGCCAGCAGCCUGCGAGCCGCAGAGGGCCCGAGCGUCGGACGCCGCUGCCUCCUCCUGCCAUUGUUCGUCGGGCUGUAGCUGCAGUGGGCGCGGGAGCCCGGGCCCCAGAGCCACCGCAACAUCAUGACAACAGAGAAGAGUUUAGUGGCUGAGGCCGAAAAUUCACAGCACCAGCAACAGAAGGAAGAGGGAGAGGGAGCCACAAACUCAGGCCAACAAGAAUCUCAGCUGGAGGAGGCUUCGCAAACAGCAGCUGAAGGAGAUAAUCAGUAUGACCAGAAGCUGAAAACGUCUAAUGGGGACACUCCCACACAUGAAGACUUGACCAAGAACAAAGAGCGGACAUCAGAAAGCAGGGGCCUGUCACGACUGUUCUCUUCCUUUCUCAAAAGGCCCAAAUCUCAGGUGUCUGAGGAAGAAGGCAAAGAAAUAGAGUCAGAUAAAGAAAAAGGGGAAGGAGGCCAGAAAGAGAGAGAUUUUGGAACCAGUUUUAAUGAAGAGAUCAUUUUAAAGGCCCCAAUUGCAGCUCCUGAACCUGAACUCAAAACAGACCCAUCUUUGGAUCUUCAUUCAUUAAGCAGUGCAGAAACACAGCCUGCUCAGGAAGAACACAGAGAAGAUCUAGAUUUUGAAACUAAGGAAGAAGGACUUGAAGAGUGCUCCAAAGUAGAAGUAAAAGAAGAAAGUUCUGAAUCAAAAGCAGAAAGGGAAUUAAAAUCUUCCCAGAAAGCAGUCAGAAGACACAGAAACAUGCACUGCAAGGUUUCUUUGUUGGAUGACACGGUUUAUGAAUGUGUUGUGGAGAAACAUGCUAAAGGACAAGAUUUACUUAAACGAGUAUGUGAACACCUCAAUCUUUUGGAAGAAGACUAUUUUGGUCUAGCCGUUUGGGAUAAUGGAACCUCUAAGACAUGGCUGGAUUCUGCCAAAGAAAUAAAAAAGCAGGUUCGUGGUGUCCCGUGGAAUUUUACAUUUAAUGUAAAGUUUUAUCCACCUGACCCAGCACAGUUAACAGAAGAUAUAACAAGAUACUAUUUGUGUCUGCAGCUUCGGCAGGACAUAGUUACAGGACGUCUGCCCUGCUCAUUUGCAACCUUAGCAUUAUUAGGUUCUUACACCAUCCAGUCUGAGCUGGGGGACUACGACCCAGAACUCCAUGGUGUGGAUUAUGUUAGUGAUUUUAAACUGGCCCCAAAUCAGACCAAGGAACUUGAAGAAAAGGUCAUGGAACUGCAUAAGUCAUACAGGUCCAUGACUCCAGCUCAAGCUGACUUGGAAUUUCUUGAGAAUGCCAAAAAGUUGUCUAUGUAUGGAGUUGAUCUUCAUAAAGCAAAGGACUUGGAAGGAGUGGAUAUCAUCCUGGGUGUCUGCUCUAGUGGGCUUCUGGUUUACAAAGAUAAGCUGAGAAUUAACCGCUUUCCUUGGCCUAAAGUGCUGAAGAUUUCCUACAAACGUAGCAGUUUUUUCAUCAAGAUUCGGCCUGGAGAGCAAGAACAGUAUGAAAGUACCAUUGGAUUCAAGCUUCCCAGUUACCGAGCAGCUAAGAAAUUAUGGAAAGUCUGUGUAGAACAUCACACAUUUUUCAGACUGACAUCUACAGACACCAUUCCCAAAAGCAAAUUUCUUGCUCUGGGAUCCAAAUUUCGAUACAGUGGCCGGACCCAAGCUCAGACUAGACAAGCUAGUGCUCUCAUUGACAGGCCUGCCCCACACUUUGAGCGUACAGCGAGCAAACGGGCAUCUCGGAGCCUUGAUGGAGCAGCAGCUGUUGAUUCAGACCGGAGUCCUCGGCCCACCUCUGCACCAGCCAUUGCUCAGGGUCAGGUCACAGAAGGCGGUGUCCCAGGGGCACCUGUCAAAAAGGUGGUGGUCCCUAAAGCACAGAAGGAAACAGUGAAGGUUGAAGUGAAAAAGGAAGAAGAACCACUUGAGCAAGCUGAGCCAGAACCCACAGAAGCCUGGAAGGUGGAAAAAACCCACAUCGAGGUCACAGUACCCACCUCAAAUGGUGACCAAACACAGAAGCUUGCAGGAAAAACUGAAGAUCUGAUAAGAAUGAGGAAGAAAAAGAGAGAAAGACUAGAUGGUGAAAACAUUUAUAUCAGACAUAGCAAUUUAAUGUUGGAGGAUUUAGACAAGAGUCAAGAAGAGAUCAAAAAGCAUCAUGCCAGCAUCAGUGAGCUGAAAAAGAACUUCAUGGAGUCUGUACCAGAACCACGGCCUAGCGAAUGGGAUAAACGUUUAUCCACUCACUCUCCCUUCCGAACUCUUAACAUCAAUGGGCAAAUCCCCACAGGAGAAGGAAGGAUAAAUGACAUUCGCACAGAGGAGGUGGCUGUCGUGACAAAAGGGCCAUCUACUAACUCAGACUCUGAAUGGGAGGGCCUGGAGCAAUCAGUAGCUCCUAGUAAGAGCCAGAUGCCCACCCCGUCGGGGUCUCCACAAAGCUUUGCCUUGGGCUCCCUCUCCAUAAGCAGCGAGGAGACCGAAGAGAAGGAACAGGGGGCAGCUGGCUAUCUUGAUACUGAGGAGCUGCCUAGAGGCCCAAAUGGGGAAUGUGUAGGAGUGGAGGGACAGGCCAGUGCCUUAAAGUUCUCAGUAGCACCAGCUUCCGGUCAGCUGCAACUUGGUGAAAAAAAGUCAGAGAAUAGAGAAGAACCAGGAGAACUACUUGGAAACCAAAAUGGAUCAUUUCUUGACUCUCGUGUGGGUAACCAGUUCCCCACCCUCAUUCGAAGUUUCCAGCCUCCCCUGGUGAAGACUCAAACUGUCACCAUCUCCGAUACUGCCAAUGCUGGGAAAAGUGAAAUCCCAACCAAAGACGUUCCUAUUGUCCACACUGAGACCAAGACCAUCACUUAUGAGGCUGCCCAGACUAACGACAACAGUGAGGACUUGGACCCAGGAGUUUUGCUGACAGCUCAGACCAUCACAUCCGAGACCACAAGCAGCACCACCACAACUCAGAUUACCAAGACUGUAAAAGGUGGGAUUUCAGAGACACGGAUUGAGAAGAGGAUUGUGAUCACAGGAGAUGCUGAUAUUGACCAUGACCAGGUCCUUGUACAAGCCAUCAAGGAGGCAAAGGAGCAGCACCCAGACAUGUCAGUGACCAAGGUGGUCGUUCAUCAGGAAACCGAGAUUGCUGAGGACUGAGCUCAGGAAUUAUCUUACCCCCAACUCCCUGCCCUUCUCUCCUUCAAAAGAAACCAGCAAAAUGAUAAAGAAGCUAACCUGCAAUAGACUUCAGACUUUCAAGAUUAUUCUAAACCACCAGAAAAUUAAUUUCAUUUUCUAUUUGGAGUUUAUACCAAGAGAUUCUUCUAGAUAUCACUGAUCCUUUUGAAGACUUCUUUCUAUAUUAUGGUAUCAGAAAUUCUUCAACUUUUCACUCUAUGGAUUGUUUUAAAAGAGUGGUUUUUUACAGGGUGGUUUGUGACCCCUUCCACCUACCCUCUGCCAUUUCCAACCCCAGUACUGACAGAGUCCAUAAGAUUCUUCAGGAAAUCUUCUCAAGACUCUGUCACCUGUGUUGGAGGCCAAAGCCAGCUCAAUGGAACUUCUGUGUUUUACCCUCUUUGGAUGACAGCAGAAACUUUAUGAACCAGUUCUCUCUCACAGCCAAUGAUGUAACUUUACCAGAAUGUCAGACAGGGAGACUGCCCUGACCCACAGACCCCAGAAAAAUGUCCCUGUCCCCCCUGAGGGUGGUUUUGGUAAGGCCGAGACCUCUGCUAAGAAUGUAGUAUUGUUUUCCCUUCCUCCCUCCUGUUCUUUCUUUUUAGAGCUUCUUUGGGUCAAAGACAUAGGUUGCUUUAGUUAUAUCUGAUACUGUGAAUGUUUCAUAUCCGUGGCCUUCACCUCUCCAUCUGCCCUUUUACCUCAUCAGAAGCAGCAGCUCCACUGAGUGCUCCCCCCAGCUCCCAUCUCAGGAGAUCAAAACUCACGGGAAAGUAGGCACUGUUGGCCAAAAGCUCUAAUGAAACAUCUUCAGUGGUGAUUCGGAGAAGGAAAGUUAAUGAGGUUUUUAAAAUAAGGUUUUCUAGUUUUGAAAGUGUGUACUUCACACAGGGGAAUGGUGGAGUUUACCUCGAUGGGAUCCUAAGAAGUAUUUCCAGGUGAUUAUCCCUGGGCUUUCUUUCAUCCCAGAUGAUAAGAAAUGUGGCUCUGUUGUGUUUUUUGACUUAUCUUCUUGCAACUGGCACCUGCUGAGGACAGCCUUCUGGAACAAGGGGAUUGGCUUCUAGCAGCAUCCUCCCCACAAUUAUACCACACAAGGGGCAUGAGCCCCAACACCAUUCCCCACUUACCAUCUGAAGUCUGUCAGGUUUUGUGUAGGCUUGAAUUUGUGGUGGGGUUUGGACUUAGUUUCUCUUCUAUUUUUUGUCUUUUUUUCUUGGUUUUGAAAAUGAGGACUGAUAUCCCUGAUUCCCCAUAAGGAUUUGGGGACAUUUUUAUUCACUAGGGCUUCUCUGAUCCAGCUUGUUUCCCACAAAUAGAUCUGCCUGGAGGCUUCUUAGAAUCCUAAUUCUAGGCUAGAAGUGAAUUUCAUGAGACAGACAGUGGGUCAUGGACAGUGGUCCCUGAGGGCUCAAGUGCAGUGAACAAGAGAGAAAUCUUAACUAACCUCUAUCCUGGCUGGGCACGAUGGCUCACUCCUGUAAUCCUAGCACUCUGGGCGGCCAAGGCAGAUGGAUCGCCUGAGCUCAGGAGUUUGAGACCAGCCUCAGCAAGAGCAAGACCCCUGUCUCUACUAAAAAUAGAAAACUCGUCUGGUAUUGUGGCGGUGUAGGCCCAGCUACUUGGGAGGCAGAAGCAAGAGGAUCUCUUAGCUCAAGAGUUUGAGAUUCCUGUGAGCUGACACACAGCACUCCACCUAAGUCAGCAGAGUGAGAAUGUCUCAAAAAUAAACAAAAAAACCUCUGCUCCCAACAGUGGGAGCCAGCAGCAUGUGUCCAAAAUCUCUACUAGAGGACUCUUGUUUGGUUUAGACAAACUCAGCUGGUUUGAACUGAUUUCAGGUGUGUGCAUUUUUCUUUACACCCAGGUGAGAACUGUUACUGCUAAUAGUCUGGAAGGGAGGAACACAGCGGGGAUGUGGGGCAGACCUGGGAGAAAGGAGAUUGUCUUAUCUCAGGAACUAGAGCCCUGGGCGCCCAAAGCUGAACCCUGUGGAAUGAAGUAGAUGGGGGAAAGGGAGAAGGCACAGUGCAGCUAUUUAAAAAUUCAGCGGACUAAAUAUUCUAUGCUAUGCAGGUCAGUGUGGCAGUUUUCACAGCACGAGACCAUGAAAUGGGGGGCUAAACUUUCCCUCAGCUCUGUUACCAACUCAAUCCUCUCUACUUCCUUUUCUGAAAAUUGGACCAGAAGAACUCUUAAUUCCCUUCCAGCUCUGAGAAGCCAUGAUUUGGACAAGUCCAAUACAACUGGUGUCCUUCCAGGCCGCUUCCCCUUUCCUCGGUCUCUGGCAACAGAUCUGGGAUUGGCGAUUGUUUAGAUUUUUUUUCCUUUCUGCAGUUGUGUGUAUGUGAAAAAAACAGACUCUGUCCAGAUAGAAAUGGUGACGAGGGGGAGGAGAGUUACAUUUCCAGGGUCAGAAGCUUGGCAACAAUUUUCCUAAAGUGACUCAGACACACCACAGUAACAACUCUCACUGCAGUUUUAUUUUCACUUCAGAAAUAAAAAUUUAUUCCAAGCCACGUGAGGUCUCUGGCAUCCACCCACAAAGUAAGACCUGUAUUUAUAAGCUGGGGGCUCAGGGAGCCUAACUGCAGGGACCUGUCAGGGCACCUGCACCCCCCAGGCCCAUCGCUAUGUUGGGGGCCUGCUGAGCAGCUGGGGGUGAGGAGAUGACAGUCCACCUUGGAAAUGGAGCCAGAGCUGUGUAACCAGCCCCCCUUGAUGCUCAUGGGAAAUCUCUGCCCAGGAUCUCAACCCCAGGCUGGAUGUUUUUACAAAUCUCUCUUAAAUGUAUUAUUUUGGUGACAAAAAUGAAGGAGCUUUGUAAAUUUUUUAAAAAUUAUGAAUCACAUUGAGUAGUUUACAUUUCUUGACAAAAUAGAAGCUAUGACAGCAGAAUCAAAUUGGCAAAAUCCUUAGAUCAAGUAGGCAAUAGUUGGGUCUGCUGUUUUGGCCUUUUGUAGUAAGAAAAGUGGCUGUAGUGUUUAGAUAUGUGUUUGGUCUUGCUUCUUGUAUUGCAUUUUUCAAUAAAC